CUAUAUGGAGAAUCCGAGAUGUGCAAAUCCGAGUGCUAUCGUGGUUUUAUCUCAGUAGAAAUUUUUCUAUAUAACCUAUAUCCAUCGUGGUUAAAUCGCAGUUUAGUCGUAGCAGAGUUGCAGGCACGAAGGGUGAUCAUGUGGACCAAUGAACACCUGCGCUUAUUAAUCGACGAGAAAAAAACUAGGAACAUCGAAUAUUACGAUAUCAUGGGUAUUAGUAGAGAGGAUUUUUGGAAUAGCGUCGCAGAUAAGAUCUUACACCGGAUACCAAUGCAAGGGAAAAUUCCAAAGUCUCAAGAAAGACGGCGAAACCGCACUCCACCAACCUACGAAGAAGUUUCAUCAAUGUUAAAUAUGAGUCGCCGUGAAUCUCCCGCUGAUAAUGCAAGUAAUGUAAACGAUACGGGUGGAAAUUCAGGCCAUAACGCAAAUAUUGCAGAUGGGAAUUCAGGGAAUAACACAAAUAAUGUGGGUGAAAAUUUAGGUAAUAAUACAAAUAAUAUAGAUGGAAAUUUAGAUAAUGUAACAUACUCAUCUUCAUCUGAGUUAGCAAAUACGACCUCAAACCUUAAUACAUCUACAUCACGGAGUGACAGUGAUCUUAGUAUGUCCGAUGUUGGAGAUAGUCAGCCACCUCAUAUGGAGCCUAUAAAUGAAGAGGGGGGGGGUUAG